CGCGCGGUGCUGUCUCUGCGGCUCUUUCGCGAUCCGCCGCUUUACAGUCCACGUAAAGCCAGCGUUCAAGUCACCACGUAAUCCGCUCUCGCUUUCGGUGGAACGAUUGUCCGUAAACGUCAAAAUAGGCCCAAUCAUUCAAAAGGACUUUGUUUACAUCGGUGUUACAUGAUUGUGGGGUUCUAGGAGCGCAGAUUCAUGUGUUUCUAAGUGGGUGACAGUAUGGCAAGUGAAAGGGAAAGUGAUAAGGUGAAGGUGGCGCAAGAUCAGUCAAAGCUGAUGGGCAUGCACAGGAAGGGGGAAGUUGAUCUCAACUGGUGGAUUUUGUUCGGCGCGAUAUUGGUGCUGACGCUGGGGACGAGAUUUUACAACGUGACAGUGCCGGACCAUGUCUGCUGGGAUGAGACCCACUUCGGAAAGAUGGGCAGUUGGUACAUCAACCGGACGUUCUUCUUCGAUGUUCAUCCGCCGCUGGGAAAGAUGCUAAUCGGAUUGUCCGGCUAUUUGACCGGAUACGAUGGGAAGUAUCCGUUCGAUAAGCCCGGUGAUAAGUACAAUGGGACGCACUACGAGGGGAUGAGAAUUUUCUGCACCGCCUUGGGGGCGGCCAUCGUCCCAAUGUCCUUCCACACGGUCUGGGACAUGACAGGUUCACUAACUGCGUCCGCUUUCGGCGCUGCCUACAUUCUGUUCGACAUUGGAAUGCUCAUCCUCAACCGGUACAUCUUGUUGGAUCCCCCGCUUAUAUUCUUCAUGACGGCGUCCGUGAUGGGAAUGGCUCGGGUCACAAAACUCACCCGAACGGAGCAGAGCUUCACCCGCUCCUGGUGGGUCUGGCUUUGUUUUACCGGCUGCAUGCUGGCUUGUACCAUCGGCGUCAAAUUUGUGGGACUGUUCGUGGUGCUUCUGGUUGGUUUACACACCGUCAGCGAUCUUUGGGACGUUCUGGGUGAUCUGUCCAAACCCAUUUCGUACACCGUGAAGCAACUCGCUGCCCGUGCCGCCACACUGAUCCUCCUGCCAACGCUUCUGUACGCGAGCUUUUUCUUUAUCCAUCUACAAGUUCUGAACCACAGCGGCAGCGGGGAUGGGUUCUACAGCUCCGGCUUCCAGUCGAAUCUGAUCGGAAACUCGCUGUACAACGUCUCGAUGCCCCGCCAGGUGGCAUACGGGGCGUUGGUCACGUUGAAAAAUCACAAAACCGGGGGUGGAUAUCUUCACUCGCACAACCAUCUCUACCCGAAGGGAUUUGGCGCCCGGCAGCAACAGGUGACGACUUACAGCCACAAGGACGAAAACAACAGGUGGUUAAUAAAACCGUACAACAAGCAGUCGAUGGAAAACGUGACGCUCGUGAAGCACGGGGAUUUGAUACGGCUCGAACACAUCUCAACGAAGCGGAACUUGCACUCGCACCGGGAACAGGGACCCGUUACGAAAAAGCACAUGCAAGUAACGUGUUACGGGGAGGAAGGACAAGGCGACAGCAACGACGUCUGGCAGGUGCAGAUAGUGGGCGGUAAAGAGGGUGAGGUCCUGGAAACCGUCACGAGUCGGUUGAUUUUCUACCACUACAUCGAGCGGUGUGUGCUGACCACGACGGCGAAGCAACUCCCGAAGUGGGGCUUCGAGCAGCAGGAAGUAACGUGCAAUCCGAAUAUUCGCGACAAGAGCGCCGUGUGGAAUGUGGAGGAUAAUCAGUUUGGGCAAUUGGACAGCGUGAACUUUCAGGUUUACGCGCCAGGGUUUAUUAGUCGAUUCCUGGAAUCGCAUGCCGUUAUGCUGCAAGGUAAUUCGGGAUUGAAACCAAAAGAGGGAGAGGUCACCAGCAGACCGUGGCAGUGGCCGAUUAAUUAUCGGGGUCAAUUUUUCUCCGGCUCCGAGCAUCGUGUCUAUCUGCUGGGGAAUCCCAUCAUCUGGUGGAGCAAUUUGAUGUUUUUGGGACUGUUCAUUGUCGUCUUCCUCGUUGAGGUCAUCAAGUAUCAGAGGAAUGGGGCUGCGGAAGCGUCUGCUGCUGACGAAGAUUUCAAAUGGCGAUCGCUGAGAGCCUCUGCCUGGUUGUUCGGAGGAUGGCUGCUGCAUUAUCUACCAUUCUAUGCGAUGGGUCGUGUUCUGUACUUCCAUCAUUAUUUCCCUGCGCUGGUGUUCAACUCGAUGCUCGCAGGUGUGAUGCUGGAUUAUCUCACCGGGAGACUACCCAACUGGAUAAGACACGUGAUCCUGGGGGUGGGCAUGGCAGCGCUCGUGUACAGCUUCCUGCUUUUUUCGCCCCUCGCGUACGGUAUGAACGGUCCGUUCUCCCAUGAGCCCAACUCUACGCUCGCCGGACUUAAGUGGAUGGGUUCCUGGGAGUUCUGAAGCGCAACCAAGUGCCGACAAUGGGACACUCCACUCCCAACUCCCCCGAAAGGUAUGCUGUGGUUUUGUAGUUUAUAUGUUUAUGUUUUCCACCUGGCCUGGAUAGGACCAUGUCCGGUUUGAUGAUUUAAAAC